GCGGAUUUCCUCCAUGACUCCGACUGAGGGAUCCUCCAUGGCCAAUCGUACUGCACUCGGUGACGACCAAGAGGAGAAGAUACGGACCUCCCGCCCCAUGUCCUGGUUCCCUCCGCACGACCCCCACGACUGCGGCGAUCCUCCCCCAAAGUCGGUCGUCCUCGACACCCUGGUCUACGCCGACGACCGCACCAACGCCUCCACCGCCGAGGGCUUCACUAGCAACGGCGCCGCCAUCCGCCUCACCUUCUGGCCCGCGCAUCCGCCGCUCAUCUCCUACUUCACCGUCCACCUACCCACCCUCCUCCAGGACGGACCCGCCACCUCGCUCCUCCUUCUGCCACGCCUUGUCCGCACCGACGGCGACCUCGCCCUCUUCCGCGUCAUCAUCGGCUCUUCAUACAUCGACCGGGACCACAACAACUACAUCAUCUACCGUGCCGGCGUCAACAAGCUUGAGGUGCUCCCCACCCACCCCACCCGCUUGUUCGCCGACCGGUCAGUUGCCCUCCUGCGCUGCCCCGACGACGGCAGGUUCUUGGUCGCCAAUCUCCGUUCAACUUUCGACCUUGGGCAGUACGCCCUCGACCUGUUUGACUCCCGGUCAGGCACAUGGAACACCAGGUCCAUGCGUACAGAACCUCCACACAAGGACUGCUACUACAGCACUCCGACCAAGGUGAUCGCCCUCGGUGGCGAUCGCGGUUCAGUCGGCUGGGUCGACCUAUGGAAUGGCAUCCUCAUCGGUGAUCUGCUCCCCGGCGGCGACGGCGAUGACAACAACGUCCUCCGCUUCAUCCGUUUGCCCGUGCUUUUGGCGCCCAACAAGAUGGACCCGUUCUGUUUGACCUGUGACCGGGACGUCUCUGUCGGCAGAGAUGGCUCCAUCAAAUACUUAGAGGUGUGGACUCAUCCUGUCCCUGGCUCGACCUACAUCUCCGAGGACUGGGGUGCUGCCAUACUGACAUGGCUGGAGUCCAAGAAGAAGUGGCACAUCGACCUCAAGCUCAAAGCCUCGGACAUCAUCGUGGACGAGACUCACUCCCAGUUGCUUCCUCAGCAUGAUGUCAAGGACACAACGAAGAAUGCAACCUUGAGCAGACUUCACACAGGGCAUCCUACUCUCAGCUUGCAUGAUGAUGAUGUUGUUUACAUCAUGGCCAAGGUUUACCACAUGGACUACGACUUGUGGAUGCUUGCUGUUGACAUGAGGAACAAGACUCUGAAAGGAGUGGCUGCUCUCACCAGUAAAAGAAGCUUGGGUUUUAGAUUCAUGUACCUGCAAAGUGACCUCUCCAACCAUCUGGUGGCCACAAGCGAAAACACCGAGGUCUUCAACCUUCCGCCCAAAAGCAAAAGGGAAACGGGGGGUGGUUCUAGGUCUCGUCAAAAUAAAAUGAAGCAGAAAUUUGAAGGUGGAAACACAAAUGAAAGAAGAAUCCUUCUAAAACUGCCAAGCAACAACCUGGGAAGACUCUUGCUAACAGCUGUCGUGUGGAACAAGAAGAACAGGAGCUGAGGAUACUCGAGCCUCGAGUUAUUACUAUUCAGCCCCCUCUGUACCUAAGGAGGACUCUGUUGGCAUAUUUC